UUUCACUCUCUCACAUACGAAACUGGUUCUUCACCGCUCUCGAAAUCCUAUUUAGUUUCUUACUAUCAUCGUCUUCGUCGCUUCGUCGCCAAUCUGCAAUCAAUUACCUAGUCAUUCCCUACAAUCGAUUCUCUUCGAAAGACCCAUCAACAUGCCUUCCCCUCAAGAGCCCCAGCAGCAAGCUCCCAUGGAGAUGACUCCCGUCGACGGCGUCGUUACGCAGCAGCCUGCCGCUGAGCCCCAACCCGAGUUCGGCAGCAUGCGUGGUGGUGAAGAGGCUGGUUGCGAGAUCUGCUGCGGCCUUUGUGCCUGCGACGAGGGCUGCUGCUAAACGGCCUAGCCACUCGACUGCCGACACGCUCUCUAUUACAUUUGCUAGAGCAGUCGGAUUGAAGUCCCCGCGAUGCAGUGGAACGAGCACCACGACCAAUUGACAUGUUGCACGGAAAACUCAUACUCGUACCCCACCUACUAUAACUCUGAAGAAAAACUCAUGCACGGAUGAGUCAGCGCAAGCGUCUAGGCCUCUGAAGAUGUCACGGCAUUCGGGAUCGAGA